AUGAACCACUCCGUCGGGUUCGGGCUACUGAUCGGCGCCCUCGGAAUUGUCAUUACGGCUAACAAAUACGUUGACGAAUGCAGCGCGGCCCAUGCUACCUAUACUGAACUUAGCCCAAGCGACUGCAUCCACAAUUGUGUCAAGUGUCUUGGCCAUAACCCUCAUUUUGGCAGUUUUACGGAGCCUACGGCCUGCCCCAAGAAUGCUGCUCCCAACCCCUCUGCCCCUACCCCUUCCGUUGUCGUUGUUGUUGCCGCUGGUCACCAAGUUACACCUGCUCUUGCCCUGGUCCGGCGGCCCUGCUUUAGUCCGGCUCUUUCAUUUUAUCCAGCGGAGGACCAGCCUCAGCCAUUGGCAGACCUCGAGGAGCAACCUUUCCAAUGCCAUGCUUCAAGAUACGGCCAAACAGUUCGCAAUUGGCUAUAA